UGGACGGCAGAGCGGCUCGUGUUGUGCCGGCCAUGACGAGAUGCUGCUGGUGACAGCGGCGGUGUCGGAGUGAGAAUGAACGCCUUCAGUAAGUGCAGGGAUGGAUGAGGAAGGUUUACCGUCAGCGCACGGUGCAGUAACACUGAGCUGUUGUGCCUCUGGCUCCGAGAUGGUGUCACCUCUGUGCGCUUUUCCCUCUGCUAUCCGGACAGGGGACACUGGCGGAGAAGUGACACACCGGCGUCGGAAUUUACACAGUUAUCAGUGUGAGAAGAGACGAGCGGAGUAGAGGCGCUGUCAUGGAGAGACCGAGCAGAGUCAAGGAGGAAAUGCAGACAUCGAAGGAGGAGAAGCGCAAAGAGAAGAAGCCGAAAUCUGGGAAGCUGUUCAGGAGGAAAUCGUUAAAGUCCGUGGGGAGCUUUAUGAACAGAAUCAUCAAAACUUUGGGCACUUUGACCCACUUUGGAGACGCUGACGCGCAGGACGCGGAGGACGACGACGGGGGGUUUCGGAAUGGCGCACCUUGCACCCUGAGCGCCGGCUCGGGGAUGAUCAAGGAGGACGUACAGGUGACCUGGGACCGUGUGGUGAAAAACACCUCGAGCACGUCUUCUUCCCUGUGCGCCGGCAGAGAGAAACUACUUUACCAAUACGCAGACAAAAUCCCGGGUGUCCUGGGGCUGAAGAACCACGGCAACACCUGUUUCAUGAACGCUGUGGUUCAGUGUCUGAGCAACACCGACCUGCUGGCAGAGUACCUGGGUCUGGAGCGGUACAAGCUGGACCUGAAUCACACCAGGAUAAACGGGGUGGUGAAAAGUGAUGAGACGCGGUUCGUCAGGGGAGAAGUCACGGAGCAGUUGGCAUCACUUGUCAGGGCUCUGUGGACUCUGGAGUACACCCCACAGCUGUCUGUGGACUUUAAGACGAUAGUGUCCAAGUACGGAUCACAGUUUCGUGGUAACUCCCAACAUGACGCCCUGGAGUUCCUCCUGUGGCUGCUGGACCGCGUCCACGAAGACGUCAACCUGGCGUCCCACAAUAACAACAACAGGACCAAACCUCCUGCGAAGGGCCCCGGUGGAGCUGAGGAGGUGCUGUGUCCCGACCCGUCCCAGACCCAGCAGCCCAGAGUCCAGCACAGCUUCGUCCAGGAACAUUUCCAGGCACAGUACAAAUCUUCACUGACGUGCCCCCACUGUAUGAAACAGAGCAACACCUUUGACCCCUUCCUCUGCAUCUCACUGCCCAUUCCUCUUCGACAGACCAGGUCGCUGUGUGUGAUUCUGGUGUUCAGCACCAAAGGACAGAGGUACCUGCGGGUCGGGCUGGCUGUGCCUCUGUUCGGCUCCGUGGCCUGCCUGAGGAGGAUGGUGGCUGACGAGGGGAAAAUCUCCCCAGACCAGGUGAUCCUGACGGAGGUUUACUCCACAGGGUUCCAGCGGUCCUUCUUUGAUGAGGACGAUCUGACCAGCAUAGCUGAGAAUGAUGUCGUCUACGCCUUCCAGGCUCCGCCCCUGUACAUCAGAGGAGGCUCUGCACGCAUCUCAGGUUACCAUCACAGCCUCCCAUCAUCUCCAUACUCCACUGGUCCGGAGGGUCAGAGGUUACCUUCAUCUGGGACGCUGUCAUCAGAGUUCCUCAACCAGGGCGUCCCUGUAAAGAUUCUGCUGUUGGUCUGCAACGCUGCGGGGACGGGCCAACAGGCUGUUAGGUUUGGACCUCCGUUCCUAAUGAGGGAGGAUCGGUCUAUUUCCUGGGACCAGCUGCAGCAGAGCAUCCUCAGCAAGCUGUAUUACCUGAUGAUCAACGGAGCUCAGGCCCAGAACACCAGAGUGCUGUUUAACAUCCGUGUGGUGGGAGGAUCAGCAUUUUACAGCUACCUGUCUCCGCAGGACGGGCGGCCACUCUACCACCCUGCUGUCGACAGACAGAGGCUGGCUAAGAUCUUCAUCACUAGUCCGGUGACAGGGAACCCCCCUGACUCAGCUGUGUAG